CACAGACAAACAGACGUAAAUCUCUUUUUAAUUCCAUCAAUCAGGAAUAUAACGGCUGAUUUGAAUUUAAACUUAGUUCUCGGAUUAUCCACCAGAAUAGGAUGGCGCUGCAAUCAAGGCACACUUUCAAAUGACGUUUAAGCCAAAAGUUUCAGGUAGCGCGCCAAAAGUUUUGUUUUUUUUUUUCUGCUGCUACUUGAGUGUGAGGAUGGACCAGUUUGGAGAAGAUUGAUCGGUGGAAUUUUUGGAUACGGACCCGCCUCCGUGUGUGGAUUCCGCUGAAUGGUCUGUUGAGCAUUUAGAUAAUCCUCAAUCCUUCCCGGCCGAACCGUUAGAAGAAGAGACGCCGGAUUGGUUUGAAAGUUUUAUCACAAAACACGAGCUACAGGAUGAAGAUAUGCCGGAUGCGAACUGCGGAAGUCUACUGCUAGACCGACACGAGCCACUGGACGAAGAAAUGCCGGAAGCUACGAGUAACGAUUCCGGUGUUCUGAACAUCGGAAGAUUCUUAGGCAAUUCCAACAACGAGACGCCGUCCCAUUCAGCUGAUUUUGUUAUUUCAUCCGUCGGCGUUGAUGGUGUACCCCAACUUGACCAGGUGAAUGGGUUAGGCAAUGCAGUGUCCACCGAAAUCGCCUCGCCAACCUCGAGCACGCAAGAGACCGCGAGAAUCUUGACUCCGUCGUGGUCCUCAAAUCCGGCCUUCGUGAAUGACGCGGUAUCCAGCGAUGGUGAUUGCGCUUACCACGAUUUCAGCAACUCGGUAUUGACAACCCGGCCGACCUCGAGAAUGUUGACUCCGUCGUGGCCCUCAAAUCCGUCCCUCAUGGAUGAACCGGUGUCCAGCGAUGGCAAUUGCGCGACCCGGCCGACUUCGAGCACGAGUCUACCAAACAGCGUUUGCCUUCCUAAAUUGCUUGCCGAGAAGGUAGCUUAACCUCACGCCAAGAAAUUUAUUAUUUAAACUCAUGGCCAAUUUGUGGGCAUUGUUCACAAACAGCGCAGUAAUACCCAAACCACCCUCAAACUGGUGCAUCUUUCCAUCAACCUCUGCAGCCUACACGAAUGUUUCCUCGGCAAGAUUUACCUAGUGCAUGGCCGCAAUCGGACGCGGACGUGGACCGUCUGCGUGAGUUAAGAAUUUGAACUUCUUGCAUUCUUCUCACAUAGAGUUAUCUACGCGCGCAUGUAUUGCGUGUACGUACACGAAAAAGAUUGAGGUUAAAUUUUGUACCCGCCAGCAAAACAAAUG